GAGUAUAGAGGGCGAGAGAGUUCAGCUAAUUCUGGUUAAAAGUAAUGGGUUUACUUUGGGGGGUAAUGAUAUAAACAGAUGAAACAAUCAGCCAAUAAGCCAGUAUUUCUAUGAGCAGGUCAACAGGCGGGUCCAGAGGAACCUAAUGUAGAUCGGAUGUCAUGUAAAUGAGAGAGAGAGAAGGACUUUAAAGGGAAGUGUGGCUGGAGGCGAUUGCAGAGAAUAUCUUAAGGUAGGAAGUUAAAAGUGAGGGCAUUUCCUGUUGCCUUUCACAAUCAGCCAUCAGCGAACCAGCCCCAGCCCUGUCCUUAGUGGGCCAUCAGGCGCGGGUCCACUUGUCUUCUUGGCUCCAGAGGAAUAACCAGACAGACACUGAGAAGAAGCUACGGAGCAGAUGAAGAUGAAUCCAUGGACCCUCUCUGUGCUCCUGCUGCUAGCUGGGCCGCUGGGGGCGGACCCUGACUGGCACGUGGAGUACCCCGACUCCUUCUGCGUGGUGGAGGGCUCCACCGCCACCAUCCCCUGCAGCUUCACCCACCCCCUUGUCGACGUAAAGAAGGGCGGGGCCAUUCUGCAGGUUAAGCGGGUGGCCUGGUGCCCCGAUCCCCUGCUCUGCCACCGGUCCACGACCAACGUGUACGACAGCGGCAACGUCCGGGCCGACAGCCGGUUCCUGUACCUGGGGGACCUCGUCGGGAACUGCGCCCUGAAGAUCAACAAGACGGUGAAACAGGACGCAAAGAGAUACUACUUCCGCUUCGAGACCAAAGCCGAUGGGUACACCGGACGGGAAGGAGUCACAGUCACAGUCACUAACGGAGAGGAUGUGAAGGUCAGAAGCUCAAUCACUGACCAUGUGGUGAAAGAGGGCGGUCAGGUCACGCUCACCUGUACUUCAGCCUGCUCCUUCAACCAAUUGGACGUCCACUGGUACAGAAAUGGCCACACCCUAUCAGAGACAGGCCCCGCCCUCCACCUCAGCGGUCUGACCAAUGAGGACACAGGGGAUUACACCUGCUCUCUUGACUCCAGCAGAAAGAAAAGCUCUGCGCCUUGGAGUCUAUUGGUGGUGGAAGAUGAAGGGCCGCUGGGGGCGGGCCCUGACUGGCACGUGGAGUACCCUGACUCCUUCUGUGUGGUGGAGGGCUCCACCGCCACCAUCCCCUGCAGCUUCACCCACCCCCUUGUCGACGUAAAGAAGGGCGGGGCCAUUCUGCAGGUUAAGCGGGUGGCCUGGUGCCCCGAUCCCCUGCUCUGCCACCAGUCCACGACCAACGUGUACGACAGCGGCAACGUCCGGGCCGACAGCCGGUUCCUGUACCUGGGGGACCUCAUCGGGAACUGCGCCCUGAAGAUCAACAAGACGGUGAAACAGGACGCAAAGAGAUACUACUUCCGCUUCGAGACCAAAGCCGAUGGGUACACCGGACGGGAAGGAGUCACAGUCACAGUCACUAAUGGAGAGGAUGUGAAGGUCAGAAGCUCCGUCACUGACCAUGUGGUGAAAGAGGGCGGUCAGGUCACACUCACCUGUACCUCAGCCUGCUCCUUCAACCAAUUGGACGUUCACUGGUACAGAAAUGGCCACGCCCUAUCAGAGACAGGCCCCGCCCUCCACCUCAGUGGUCUGACCAAUGAGGACACAGGGGAUUACACCUGCUCUCUUGACUCCAGUGGGCAGAAAACCUCUGCGCCUUGGAGUCUAUUGGUGGUGAAUGAUGAAGGGCCGCUGGGGGCGGGCCCUGACUGGCACGUGGAGUACCCUGACUCCUUCUGCGUAGUGGAGGGCUCCACCGCCACCAUCCCCUGCAGCUUCACCCACCCCCUUGUCGACGUAAAGAAGGGCGGGGCCAUUCUGCAGGUUAAGCGGGUGGCCUGGUGCCCCGAUCCCCUGCUCUGCCACCGGUCCACGACCAACGUGUACGACAGCGGCAACGUCCGGGCCGACAGCCGGUUCCUGUACCUGGGGGACCUCGUCGGGAACUGCGCCCUGAAGAUCAACAAGACGGUGAAACAGGACGCAAAGAGAUACUACUUCCGCUUCGAGACCAAAGCCGAUGGGUACACCGGACGGGAAGGAGUCACAGUCACAGUCACUAGUGGAGAGGAUGUGAAGGUCAGAAGCUCCGUCACUGACCAUGUGGUGAAAGAGGGCGGUCAGGUCACACUCACCUGUACCUCAGCCUGCUCCUUCCACCAAUUGGACGUCCACUGGUACAGAAAUGGCCACGCCCUAUCAGAGACAGGCCCCGCCCUCCACCUCAGCGGUAUGACCAAUGAGGACACAGGGUAUUACACCUGCUCUCUUGACUCCAGCGGGCAGAAAAGCUCUGCGCCUUGGAGUCUAUUGGUGGUGAAUGAUGAAGGGGAAGUCACUUUCCAAGACUUGAAGACACAACUAUUUCAGACUUUGCAACUUGGUCAAUGUUUAACCGUUCAACUUUUUUCGUACAUUAAAAAAAAUCAGCACACUCUCAUCUUCAAAUUUAUUUAAACAGACUUUAAUUUAAACUUGUAAAGAUUCAACUGUUUUAGUUUGAUCCCGCAGUCUAGCAUUAUCUUAUCUAAGAUAUUUUCAUAUUGUCUAACAUUAUCUAAUCUAAUGUAGUCUACUAUAGUCUAACAUUAUCUAAUGUAAUAUAGUCUAACAUUAUCUGGUCUACAAUAGUCUAACAUUAUCUAAUGUAUAGUCUAACAUUAACUUAUCUAAUAUAGGCCAUUACAGUCUAACAUUAUUUAAUGUAAUAUAGUCUAACAUUAUCUUAUCAAAUAUCUUCUAUUAUAGUCUAACAUUAUCUUAUCUAAUAUUGUCUAUUAUAGUCAUAAUCUAAUGUAAUGUAUCUACCAUGAUGUCGUCUAUUCUAAGCUACCGUGGUUGUUGAUCUGAGGGGGCGUGGCCAGGCGUCAGAGCCAACAAAGGGGCGUGGCUGAUUGGCCGUGACCGAGCUGUGGGGGCUGAGGGUAAAGGAUCAGUGAUUAAUACAAUGAAACCAUGAUGCGACCCAUGUGUGUUCUG